AUCAAGCAUUAUUAUUAAUAUUUAUUAUUUAUUAUAAUAUUGUAAUAAUAAUAAUAGUUGUGAUAUGAUCCUAGUCGCACCAUCAAAGGUGGCUUCACAAGAACAAGAAUAACAGCUGCAACUCCAAGACCGAUUCCCAUGGAUUUAUUCAUCUUCACAUUUGGCUUAUCCCCACCGUAGCACAUUUCAAAUCCCUCAAUAGUUGUGAAUAUCUCCAGAUUAGGCUUCUUCCCUAACACCCAUAAGAAAAAUAUCGAAAUUUCUGUGGUUUUGCCUAUCAGGAGGUUGCGGAUACGAGCUCUAUUAAUUUCAUCACGCUUUCGAUCGACCCAGGUUUGAAUCGCUUGAGCUGCAGGUUUUUGGAUUUGGGGCUCUAGAUGGCUGUUCAAGCUCAGUAUUCAACCAAUAUGCGCAACAGACAGUUAUUUGCAGGUGAAAACAAGGGCUCCACUCCAAUUGUUUUCUUUGGUCCUGGAAGCUAUGUUGAUCAUCAAAUGCAGCAGCAGAUGCAAUCUCAAUCUCAAAGCAAAUCCCCUGCUGUCAAUGGACUGCCCAAUCAGCCUCCAUACAUGCCCCAGUUUACUGCUUGUAAUCUGGGGCAGCAAGUGGUAGGCCUGACUCUACACGAGUCUGAGAAUGAACCUUCCUGGAACUUACUGGCACCUAGGAAGAGAAACAGAAAUCAAGAGGUUCUGGAAAAUUCACAGAUUUCAUCCAUUGAUUUUUUGCAAACUCAAGCACUGCCUCAGUCCAAUGGACCAGUUUCAACUGGCUUGCGGUUGUCUUUUGAUGAUGAAAUAUUGAACUCUUCCAGCAAUGUGUCAUUGGGUGAUUCAAGAAUGUUGGCCCUUUUGAGCGAAGAGUUAAAUGGAGAAUUACAGCGACAGCAUGCUGAAAUGGACCAGUUUUUGAGAAUCCAAGGGGAGCAAUUCAGGCAAGCUGUGGAGGAGAAGAGACAAAGGCUUCAGAUGAAUAUCUUGACAUGUGUUCAGGAAGCAGCAUCUAAAAAGCUUAAGGAAAAGGAUAUAGAGGUGGAAAAUAUAAAUAAGAAAAAUGCAGAACUAGAAGAAAAGAUGAAGCAAUUGAGUUUAGAAGUAAAUGCAUGGCAAUAUCGGGCAAAAUGCAGUGAAACUUUGAUUAAUACUCUUAAAUUCAAUCUGCAGCAAGCGUAUGCCCAAAGCAGGGAGAGUAAAGAAGGAUGUGGAGACAGUGAAGUGGAUGAUACAGCUUCUUGUUUCAAUGGUAAUGCAGGUGAUUUUCAAGCUCUCAUCUGCAAAGAGAACAAGGAGCUGAAAGAACAGAGGACUUGUAGGGUUUGCAGAAGCAGUGAUGUAUGCAUGCUUUUGCUGCCUUGCAGGCAUCUUUGCCUCUGCAGGGAAUGCGAGAGUAGACUCAGUAAUUGCCCCUUGUGCCAAUCAUUUAAAAAAAGUAGCAUGCCGGUCCACAUGUCAUAAAUUUUCUCAGUGAAUAAAUGCAGUUAUGAUUUCCAGGGUACAAGUUGAUCAAUUACCUUUGGUCAUUGAAUAUGUCCUUUGGUUAUGGAUUGCAUCUUCUUUAUGAUUGAAAUAGCUACAUCUGAUCACAAACUCGCAAUUUCUUGGAAGGUAACCUGGAUACUGUUAUUUGGAAGGUCUACAAAUUCAGCUUGUUAAACUAAACAAGCAUUUAGGUUAGUGUUUAUAUUGACAUCUAAGGUGUUUCUAUUGACCAUAAGCUUGCAUUUUUGAGAGAAGUAUAGAAAUAUCUCCUGGAGAGGCCUGGAUAGGCAUUUGUAAUGCAGAUCCUUAGAUCCAUUAUUUUGGAUAACACUUUCAUAAAGUUGGAUUAGAUUGCAGUGGCUCUCAUAUGGCAUAUAUGGAUCGGAGAUAUUACAUAUUUUCUCCAUGUACAGCUAUAAAUAUUUUACUGUUUGUGUCUAGUUUGAACUUUGUGGUGGAAAAUCAUUUCAGAUUGCUCUUUUA